UAGUGACUAGUGAGAGUCACUGACAGGUAUCAGCUGUUCCAGUAAAUAAACCGCCGCAUUUCGAUAAUGGACGGCGUUGAGGAUACCGCGUGCGACUAUCAGACAGCUGACGAGGAUGUCAGCGAAUCGGAUAACAAUAGCGAGUGCUCGUCACAACGAAGCGAGGGCGAUAUUAAUUGGUAUUAUAUGCCAGACUCGAUUCUUUUGAGUAUCUUCCAGUACCUGUCACCGAAGGAGCUGACGAUCGCUGGUGAGGUGUGCAGAUCGUGGCAUAGGGUAUCGCGUGACGAAUUCCUGUGGAAAUAUUUGUUUUAUCGAACAUACAAGAUAGAUCCGGACGUCGGCAUCGUGCCAGGAAAAACUUCUUGGUUGGGAGAAUUCAAACGUUUGGCAUAUCAUACUCCACUGAUAGAAACUGAAGUUCUUAAGGAACAUUCGCAUCAAGUUUUACAUGUCAGCUUCUCCCAUAAUGGCAAAAUGUUUGCAACCUGUUCGAAAGAUGGAUAUAUUCUUGUAUGGCAAAGUCAAUAUCCUGUUACCAUAAAAUAUUUGCAUGAUAUGAAAACAUUUAGUUGGAAGUACACGCAAUUUUCGCAAUUUAAUUGUACAGAUACUUUACUUCUUGUCUCUGGUGUACAUUUUGGUACACCUCAUAGUACUUCGGGAGAAAUAGCAGUGUUUAAAAUAGCACCUGGUUUUGACCUUCAAUGUAGAGUAGUGAAUAAACCAUAUGACAUAUUUGGUACAUGGUACAGUGAACGUUACCUUUUGAGUGGAAAUCUGCAUUGGUUGGCGCAUUUAGUCAGCACUAGUGUAGUUUGGCUUAAUAAGGCAAACCAGGAAUCAGCUAGUGAACAUGUGCCCAUUAUGACACAACUCUUUAGAUUCUACAAUGGAAAUGCUUCUUCAAUUAGAGCAAUUAUGGUUGCAAAUUGUCUGGCACCUGCACCAACUGAAACUACAGAACAACAAAGUCAGCCAUCCUCCUCAAAUACAAAGGAAGAAAAAGGAAAUCCACCAAGUCACAAAGAUUUGUUAUCACCUUCAAACGAACCUAGUAGCUCGCAACAGCAGGAAGAACCAGAAGUGUUACACCAUGCAUCAUCAAGAUUACAAUAUAGUAAAUUAGAAGGUGGAUUUUCAAAUUGGAGGAAACUUGGUGAUGGUUUUGAAUAUGCUAGUCCUAUACAAUACAACCAGGAAUAUAGGCAGGUUGAAAUGCAAAGGAAGGCGCACGAAAGUGAUAGCGAAAGUGAGAACCCAUUGUGGGAAGAGGAGAGCGAGUCUGGAGAAUCUUCGAUAACCGAAGAGUGUGAUACUGACGAGUUAGCCAAUAAUCCCGAAAAAUUUCUUAUAUUUACAAGUGGCUCAAAGACAUAUACUCCACAUAAAGUUGGUUUUAAGAGAAUUAAAUUAGUUACUUUCCCAAGAAGAUUAGACCCAGGACCGUCGCUACGUGAAAGAAUAGCUCAGCGAGAAAGGGAGCGAGAAAGACCGAGUACCCCAUCGGUGGAAGAUUGGUUAAAUUAUCAAUCUGUAGCUGAUAAAUUCGAUAAGAUUGAUCAUUCAAUUGAUCUUCACGGUCAUAUUAUCGGAAUGGGACUUUCUCCUGAUCAUAGAUAUCUUUAUGUAAAUACAAGGCCAUGGCCAAAGGGCUAUGUUAUUACUAAUCCUUUACAACCACCACCAAUAGCACAAGAAAUUGAUAUACAUGUGAUUGACUUGGUAACAUUGAAACAAGUUGGUACAAUGUUAAGAGCACACAAGGCAUACACACCUAAUAAUGAAUGUUUCUUCAUAUUUUUGGACGUAUGUAAUGAAUAUGUAGCAAGUGGUGCAGAAGAUAAGCAUGGUUAUUUGUGGGAUAGACAUUAUGGAAUUUGUUUAGCAAAAUUUCCUCAUACUGAUGUAGUUAAUUCUGUAGCUUUUAAUCCGCGUGAUCCUGAAAUGUUAGUUACAACUAGUGAUGAUUAUACAGUUAAAAUAUGGCGGAGUCGGGCUAUGGUAAAGGCUUUAGGUUUAGAUGAAAAUUCCUAUCAUAGAGGUAUGGAGGUGCGAAAGAGACGAAGAUUUCAGAGAAGUAGUAAUAAUAUUGACUGACUAAAAACUAUUAAAUUUCCAAUUUGAAACAUUUAUUUUUACAAGAACUUUAGAAAUAUAUUCUGCACUUAAGUUGAUACUAUAUACAAAAUCGUCCAAAAUACUAUUGUAUAAAAGCACAAAUAAUCAAUCUAUUUUCUGAUUGCCUGGGAUUUAUGCACAUAAACACGUGCGUUCAUUUCUUAUAAUAUAAUACAUUACUCACAUGAAUACUUGAAAG